UCAAUAUUAUCAUAUAAAAAUUGUUUGCUUUGCUUUGUUUCACUUUUGUCUGAUUAAUUUCAAAUCUUCAUGUGUAUCCUUAACCUCUGAGAUAGUAUUCUACUCAGUGAUCAAUCAUCUCACACAAUGUUCUAACCUCUAUCUCCAAAACAAUGCAAUCUCUUCCACCACCACCACAAAGGCAACAUAGUACGCCACCAAACCAUUUUUCAAUACAAGCUGUAAGCCUCAGAAGCCCCGGGAUGAAUUACUCACCAGCGCCAUUCAUCCGACUCCUAAGCAAUGAUCCUAUACUCCACCGGCCUCGGCGAACCCAACCAUUAGUUUGGUGUAGUGCCAUCAUAUGCCUCAUGUUUUGCCUACUCAUAAUCUUUUUCGGGGUCACAACUCUAAUAAUGUUCCUAGUCAUCAAGCCAAAAUACCCAUCAUUUGAUGUCCCCAACGCAAGCCUGAACGUCAUCUACUUCGAUUCACCUGAAAAUUUCAACGGCGAUUUCACUUUGCUAGCAAAUUUUACAAACCCAAAUAGAAAAAUCAACAUUAAAUAUGAGUACCUGGAUGUAGAGCUUUACUUCGUCGAUAGACUGAUAGCGAAACAAGUGCUCCAACCGUUUAAUCAAAGGCCAGGAGAAGCAAGGUUGGAAAUGAUUCACUUCAUAUCGAGCUUGGUUUAUCUACCACCAAAUCCUGCAAUUGAGCUUCAAAGAGAAGUGCAAAGCAACAGAGUUAAGUAUAAUAUCAGGGGGACUUUCAGGGUCACAUCUAAACUGGGCAUUGCUCACUUCUCAUACUGGUUGCACGCAAGGUGCCAAUUAGAGAUGACUAGUCCACCAACUGGAGUUCUUGUAGCUAGAAAUUGUAUCACUAAAAGAUAGAUAUAUUUUGCCUUUUGGCUUUAUUUAA